CUCACACCCUUGUCUUUCUCUGCAACCCGUUUCACAGACAAAACCAAUCAUUUCUAUUUUUUUUUUCAUUCCCUUUCAAACCCUAACCCUAACCCUCAUUUCUAAUUCCCAUUUUAUCCUCCAUCAUCCCCAUUUUACCCUUUUUCUCGCCUUGACCAGUAAUUAAUUCUUUUCGAUCCUUUUUCUUAAGCUUUUUAUUGAUUUUAAUGCUGGAACGAAUAAUGAUGUUUUGACACCAGAUCACUACAAUCUCUCUCUUUUUUUGCAUGGUUUUAUAUGUUUUUGAGGAGAGAAUCUUGUGGGAUUUAAUUUGUGGAUGCGAAAAUGUCGAAUUAUGUUGAUUACAAUCAAAAGAUUGAUUAUGUUUUCAAGAUUGUGCUAAUUGGAGAUUCAGCAGUUGGAAAAUCACAGCUUCUUGCGAGGUUUGCAAGGAAUGAAUUCACUGUGGAUUCUAAAGCCACCAUUGGGGUUGAAUUCCAGACAAAAACGCUUGCUAUGCAUAACAAGACGGUAAAAGCACAGAUUUGGGACACUGCUGGCCAAGAAAGAUACAGGGCAGUGACGAGUGCAUACUACCGGGGAGCAGUUGGUGCUAUGUUAGUUUAUGACAUGACCAAGCGCCAGUCAUUCGAUCACAUGGCUAGAUGGCUUGAGGAAUUGAGGGGGCAUGCUGAUAAGAGCAUUAUUAUCAUGCUCAUUGGCAACAAGUGUGACCUGGGGAGUCUCCGAGCAGUUCCGGCAGAAGAUGCUAAGGAGUUUGCUCAAAGAGAGAAUCUCUUCUUUAUGGAGACAUCAGCACUUGAGGCUACCAAUGUUGAGACUGCUUUUUUAACAAUGCUGACAGAAAUAUAUAGGAUAAUCAGCAAGAGAACUCUUGCUGGCAAUGAUGAAUCGAAUGAAAAUUCAGGUGCCUUCAAGGGAACUAGAAUUUUAGUUCCUUCACAGGAGCAGAAUUCUGAAAAGAAAGGUUGCUGCAUGUAAUUCUAGCCUCCAAUUUUAACAUUUGUUUGAGUUUUUGGGAAUCCUGUUUAAUUAGGCUCCUUUUUCUGAACAAUGUCACAUAUACUCCUUAUUGUUGACUAACAGAGCCUUGAAAGGUGGGUAUCCUUAUUGUUGACUAACAGAGUGAGGCAUUUAUCAGUUGAACUGGUAUCUUUCUAUCCAUUAUGAUGAUGAUGAUGAUGCUGCUUGAGUAUAAUUCCGUGGAGGGUGAUGAUAUCCCAAGAUUGUCAAUGUAAUAAUCCCAUUUUUUGGGUGAAUUUUGCUUUAA